UCGAUAAAAUAUACACUGAUAUGUUUUAUCGUAUUUCUUAUCCACACAUUUCUGAUCCACUCUUUCUACAAAUUCAGCUCUGAUAUCCUCAAGACCUCCAGCCAACCAAAAUAAUCCAUUCCAUUUUAUUGCAGGCCGAAAUUUUCUGGUAAGAUCAAAAAAAAAUACAGCAAGUAUGGCGGCUGUAACAAAAUCUCCCCUCUUCCUCUCUUCAACACCAACGUCAUUUUCGAGAGCACCAUCACCGCGCGUUUCCAGCGCCGUGGCGCUGAAACCCCAAAUCCACAGUAUUUCCUUACGAGCCGCUACAAGGCGCAGUGUGGCUGUCAAAGCCACAGCUGCAAGCCCUAAAGUAGAAGAACUAGGUACAGCACUGAAGCAGCUGACCCUGGAGGAGGCUCGAACCCUGGUCGAUUGGUUGCAAGCUGAGCUGGGCGUCUCAGCUGCCUCCUUCGCGCCGGCCGCGGUAGUGGCCGCACCGGGCGCAGCUGCUGGCGGCGGUGCCGAAGCCGAAGCCGCAGCGGAGGAGAAGACGGAGUUCGAUGUUAUUAUUGAAGAUGUUCCAAGCAGUGCCCGAAUUGCUGUCAUCAAGGUCGUACGUGCACUUACCAAUUUGGCGUUAAAAGACGCUAAAGAUAUGAUUGAGGGUUUGCCUAAGAAGCUCAAGGAGGGUGCGGGUAAGGACGAUGCAGAGGAGGCUAAGAAGAAGUUGGAGGAAGCCGGUGCUAAGGUUGCCAUCGCCUAAGGUUCCAUUUUUUGAUGAUAAUUUCUUUUUCUUCUCUUUUUUUGAUAUCUCAAGUGUAACUGGUUAAUUCUUUGGUGUCAGUGAGGAUAAUGUAUUGCUGUAAUCUUUUAUUAAUUGGUUUGGAAUACCAAAUAGAGUUGUUCUUCUUUUUCUUGUU